GAAGGGUAUUCGGACUGAAAAUAGAUAUAGCACUCUGCGAAUUUAUACAUCGAUGAAAACGAUUGGAUGGAAAUUUAAUUAUUAAUGAGCGCUAAGGUUACUUAACAGCAGAGAUGACAGAAGUCGUGGAGACACAACGACCACGUAUGGUGUUUGGUGCAUCAGUUUUUACGGGAUAAAGACGAGUUGGUUGUCCGUGGUUAAACGUGCAGGGUGCUGUAUAUGUAUUGACAGUAACGUGGAUUAAGAGAUAAUCGAGGAUUAGUUUCGUUGUUUUUAUUGUUAAAGAUGUCAGCAGAUACAGACACUGCCAAGAGGCGAAUUGCAUUUCAGAAAAGUUACAGUCAGGAGCAUGGCGGCAACUGGCGGCAUCGCAGUCUCAUCGAAGAUGCCAAGUUCGAAACUGUCACGAACAUGGAGUUCGAGAAACGAGAGCGUCACAUAAGCUCGGGAGAGCCAAUCAGUGAAGUGGAAGUGUCCCAUGUUCAAAAUGGCGGAGAGGCCGCGCUUGCGCUUGACGGACUGAAAGUUCACAGUGUCGUCAUAACCCUCAAAGAUGGUAUAGGAAAUUUGGCACGAGUAAUGAGAGCAUUUGAGAACACCAAACUUACUAUUCAACAUAUCGAGUCGAGGAAAGCCCGGAAGAAGAACGCCCUCUAUGAGGUUCUUCUGCAGUGCGCCGGCUCCAGAGAAAAUGUCAUUUCCGUUACUAACACCAUGCACCAGAAUUCACAUGUUUUGGAUGUUACAAUACUUGGUGAAGCAGAAUUGGAGAAAAAAGAGCAGUGGUUCCCGUGUCACAUCUCCGAUCUGGACCAGUGUACUCACAUACUGACAAAGUUCGAACCGGAGCUGGAUUGUGAUCACCCAGGUUUCACUGACAAGAAAUAUCGAGAACGAAGGAAACACAUAGCUGAUAUAGCCUUUUCUUACAAACAUGGUGACCCUAUUCCACGAGUUCAGUAUAUAGAAGAUGAAGUUAAGUGUUGGGGCCACGCGUACCGCCACCUGAAGGAGCUGUUCCCGACCCACGCCUGCGCAGAGCACAUUGAGAUCUUCAAGGUGCUGGAGGACGAGUGUGGCUACAGCCCUGACGUCAUCCCGCAGCUUGAAGACGUGUCAGCAUUCCUCAAACGAAAAAGUGGUUUUCAACUUCGCCCAGUGUCUGGUCUGCUGUCCGCUAGAGACUUCCUCGCCUCCCUGGCUUUCCGAGUUUUCCAGUGCACGCAGUACGUCAGACACCCGUCUAAACCAGACCACUCGCCAGAACCAGACUGUAUCCACGAGCUUCUGGGCCACGCGCCACUGCUAGCAGACGUGAAUUUCGCUCAGUUCUCGCAGGAACUCGGUCUCGCCUCACUCGGCGCGUCCGACGAGGACAUUGAGAAAUUUGCUACUCUGUACUGGUUCACGGUCGAGUUCGGCCUGUGCAAGGAGAAGGGGGAGCUCCGGGGAUACGGCGCGGGGGUGCUGUCGUCGUACGGCGAGCUGAAACACGCCCUGAGCAGCACCCCCCAGAAGAAGCCGUUCGAGCCGGCCAGCACGGCGGUCCAGGAGUACACGGACGAGGACUUCCAGCCGCUGUACUUCUACGUGGAGUCAUUCGAGGACAUGAUGGACAAAAUGAGGAACUACGCGGCCACGAUCAAGCGUCCCUACGAAGUGCGGUAUGACCCGUACACCCAGUCUGUACAGAAGCUGAACAGUAAGGGGAUGUUACACAGCGUCGCCCGGAACCUCAAGGGAGAACUCGAGGUCCUGCAACACGCCAUUGACCGGAUACAGUCGUUUAGUCUCGCCUCGCGAUGACGUCAUACUGCAGUGCGCAUAGGAAGUUGAUAUUUGAUUUCCUGAAUGCAUGAUGGAUUUUUUCAACUUUAUUAAACAUGUGGUCAAAUUAUGAAUAUAUUAUUAUAAAAUUGAAAAUAUAUGAAAGAAUCUUAUAGUUUACCAAAUGAAAAACAAAAACAUAUUGCUAAAGUCGUUGACUUUAGUCUCAGAGGUACAAAUGCGUAAUGUUUCUGUUUCGUAUAAAAGGCAUUUUAAAGGUUCUAUCUCGGAGUUGCAUACUGACGGCUUCUCGCCAAAGUUAUUAACCUUUGCUUUGAAAUGUAAGCAUAAUAUCUUCAACUAUAUAUCCAUAUCAAAUUACAACUAAAUCAUUUAAUUUGCUAGUAAAACAAAAUUACUGGACAAUAUUUACGCACGCUGACAAUAUAAUACAACUUACAAAAAGUGUGGCACAGUUCUAGCACGCAAACAAACAAACAAACACAACACACACACACACACACACACACACACUCGCUAAUUUUUAUUUGCAUUUAUUUCCGUGCUUAUAUCCAACUAAGGUUCACGCAUACUGUCCUGGGCACACAUCUCGGCUAUCUGAGCUUUCUGUCCAGGACAGAGGGUUAGUGGUUAGUUGUUAGUGAGAGAGAAGUCGGUGUCGUGGUCUUACAUCUAUCCAUAAAAUCGUUAAACUUGCUCUGUGUGGGGAGCCGAUACUGGGGGGUGAACCCAGUACCUGGCAGCCUAAAGUCGGAUGACUUAACUACUACGCCUCCGAUGUCGGUCACACACUUAAUGUUGGUAGGAAGAAGAUGGGGUCAUUAAGUGUGAUGGUUGAAUUUAACACUUUUGUAGAACUGUACAAAGUGAAUGUGAUCAAUAAUUGUUGAUUGUUUUUGUCUGGUGUUAAUUAAUAUGUUGUUUAAUGUUACUUCUAGAACUUUUAGCACACUGUGUUGGUAGGGAGGUCAGGAACAAUCUCUAUCUUUAGUAGUUACCGUUUGAAUGGCACACUAUCAGAAUUAUAACAUUGAAUACCCUAUGUAUAUCUAUAUCACAGAUGUUUAAAUUUGUUUUUAAUGUGAGUACCACUAGUAGUUAUUGUUUAGAGUGACACAUUGUCAAAUUCAUAACAUUGAAACACCCUGUGUAUGUUUACGUUAUACCCGUUAUAAUUAGGUAUUUAGUUUUUAAAUGCAAGUACUACUAGCAAGUGUGAAUAGAGUAGAAUACUAUCACAAGUAUAACAUUAAAACACUUUUGUCUAUAUAUAUUUACAGUACUAGACAUUUUCAUGUUAUCCUGCGCCAGUUGUUAUCUGUAUGUCCGUCCGUCCAUCCAGCCAUCGUUUGGUUUCUAUAUUUUGUUGUUUUUUCGAUAAAGUAUUUUUAUUGUUACGCAAUAAUAAUCGCGAUAGCUUUUAAAAGCAAAACAUUUGUUACGUACACAAAGUACACAUUGUUACACUAAUUUGUACGUACAGCUAGUUUAUGUUGUCACACUGAUGUCUAUGUUAUUAAUUAGUCCAUUUAGGCUGGGAUUUUCUCCGUGUGCUAUAUUAAUGAUAAUAUAUUAUAAACUUUAUUUGCAUUAGGCCUAAUGGCCCUUCAGCACAUACUGUAUGUACGUGUAUAAUAAUAAUAUUGUAUGGAUUCCGUCUGCUCGAUAGAUGUAUCAUUUCAGUUUGUGAACCACUCUAGUGUAUUUAAAAGCAAUAAUCAUACAAAGGGGAAGAAUAGCUCUCUGUUGGCGUAACAAACAUUUAUUUCAAUAAGAAUUAUCCGUGUUGUUAUUUUGAGAAAAGAAAGCAAUAUUUGUGUACAGCCACUUCAGAUCAUUUUAACGACGUUUAUUUGGUGUUAGCCAUGUUUAUUUAAAGCUAAAGUUUUGUUUUGUUUAACCACAUCAGUACAGCACAUCGAUUAAUUAAUCAUCGGCUAUUGGAUGGCAAACAUUUGGUAAUUCUGAGACAGUCAACAGAAGAAACCCGUUACAUUUUU